AUGGCCACAACGCACGACUCGGCCCGCGAGGUAAGGGCCGAAACGACACCACUCCUAGGAUGUCGCGAAUCCAACCAAGACAACGAGCAGACAUCAAACAUCAGCAAAAGAACAGUCUUGAUAUUAGUCGGCAUCUGUAUCAUCGCUAUUGACUUUGGAAACUACCUGUCCUUUGCGCCCCAAAUCGACAUUCUGGAGCAAAUUGUCUGCAAAAGACAUGGCAAUGCGUCAGGCCCAGAUUGCAAGGCGGAUGAGAUCCAAGCUGAGCUGGCAAUCUUGGUCGGAUGGAUGGCCUUCUGUAACCAGGUGCCCGGGAUCAUCUUGGCUCUUCCAUAUGGCUUUGCUGCAGACAAAUUCGGCAGAAAACCCGUUUUGCUGCUCAGCUUGAUGGGCCUCAUAUUGGAAGAGAUGGCAGUUCGAUUCAUACUUGGGAUGAGCGACAGAAUCCCCGCCGAGGCUAUUUGGACCGCGCCGCUAUUGCAAUUAAUCGGAGGCGGACCUCAGAUGGCAACAUCCAUGACCUUCACCAUCAUAACCGAUGUCUUUCCCGCUUCACAACGGUCGUCCAUCUUCUUCAGGUUGUCGGCUAUCAUCUUGCUCGGCGAGCUUCUGGCAACUCCGUCUGGCGCUCUCGCAAUGUCGUGGACGCCUUGGUUUCCGUUUUUGGCCGGUGUCGCUUUCGAGUUCAUCGGCCUUGCGGCUGCUUUUGCGCUUCCUGAAACGAUGCCAGCACCACCUCAGCAAGAAGCACCACUGGAAGAGCGGCGUGUCUUGUCUAAUGACCAGGCAGAGGCCCGAAAACAAGUCUUUUCAACUCGGUCCUUGUUGCAAAAAUGGUCGCACUUUCGCUGCCAUGGGAUUAGUACCAAAGGGAUGAUAAACAUACUCCUUGUCACGGCAUCAUUUCUGAUGGCAAGCAUUGGAAGAGAGGCUCUGCAGUUUGUCGUUCAAUAUGCAUCAAAGAAGUUUUCGUGGACGAUUGCCAAAUCCAGCCUUUUAAUAACCGUCAAAGGCGUUAUUAACUUAUUGAGCCUCCUGUUCCUGCUGCCUCGGAUAUCUUUUCUCAUGUUAAAGCACAUGUCAACCGUCAGAGCCGACCUUGUUCUUGUGCAGGGGAGCGUGUUUCUCUUGACGGUAGGCACUGCCAUUAUGGCUUUUUCGCAGCAAUCUGGAGCUUUCACGGCAGGAAUCGUCAGUUUUUCCCUUGGUUGGGGCUAUUAUGCGGCACUCCGCAGCCUGGCAACAUAUUUGGUUUUGCCGUCACAGGCCGGAGCUCUCAACACGGCCAUUGCUUUGGCACAAAGUUUUGGCGCCAUGGUAUCCGGGCCCGUGUUGGCUCUCUCAUUCCGUUGGGGCCUUGCCAUGGGUGGAACUUGGGUAGGACUCCCAUACAUGGUCGCCUCGAUUCUUUUCGCUGCGGCUGGCGGGUUGGUCCUUUGUAUCCGCCUGCCGCGACAGCUCGAGCGGACUCGGAAUGGCUUGGAAUUUACAGAUGCCGAUGCCAAUUCAUGA